AUGCCUUACAUCCAAUUGGUCAAACGUCUUCGUGGCCAGAAAGGAUCAAAUGCCUCCACAGAGAAGGUCAAUGGUGUUGCAGAGCCACUUCCCAUUAUCGAACGUUCAUCGAGACAACAUCCAACUCAAAGAGUUGAGGGCAUCAUUACUAGCAUAUAUGCUGAGAUGUCAAGAAUGCAGCAUGAACACAAAGAGGCAAUUCUUAUGCUGCAAAACCACGGCAACAUGCUGCGGGCUCUCACAAAUGAAAAAGCCAGUUUGGAGGAGCAAAAUAAGUCUUUGUUUGAACAUAUCAAGAUCCUUCAGGGAGAAAAUUGCGCCCUAGAGCUCAAGAACAACGAACUGAAGUCCGAAUUGGCAAAGAAGAGGCUGCAGUACCCAGAGCAGCCCGAUGGAAAGCAACCUUAG